CGCCGCGCGGCCGGCGCUCCCCCUGACGUCACCGGGGGGCGGCUGAAGGUGACGGUGGUGGGUCCCGGUGCCGGUGCCCCCCGUCAUGGCCGGCAGGCAGCUGCUGGCGCUGCGGCGCCUGCCCGCCGCCUCCUUCUCGACGGCGCCUAAGAAGACGCAGUUCGGGUCGCUGCGGGAUGAGGACCGGAUCUUCACCAACCUCUACGGGCGGCAUGACUGGCGGCUGCGGGGCGCGCUGCGCCGCGGCGACUGGUACAAGACGAAGGAGAUCCUGCUCAAGGGCGUGGACUGGAUCCUCGGCGAGAUCAAGACCUCGGGGCUGCGGGGCCGCGGCGGCGCCGGGUUCCCCACCGGGCUCAAGUGGAGCUUCAUGAACAAACCCCCGGACGGGAGACCCAAGUACCUGGUGGUGAACGCGGACGAGGGCGAGCCGGGCACCUGCAAGGACCGGGAGAUCAUGCGGCACGACCCGCACAAGCUGCUGGAGGGCUGCCUGGUGGCGGGGCGGGCCAUGGGCGCCCGCGCCGCCUACAUCUACAUCCGCGGGGAGUUCUACAACGAGGCCUCCAACCUGCAGGUGGCCAUCCGUGAGGCCUACGAGGCCGGGCUGCUGGGCGGCGACGCCUGCGGGUCGGGGUACGCCUUUGACGUGUUCGUGGUGCGCGGCGCCGGCGCCUACAUCUGCGGGGAGGAGACGGCGCUCAUCGAGUCCAUCGAGGGCAAGCAGGGCAAGCCCCGCCUCAAGCCCCCCUUCCCCGCUGACGUGGGUGUGUUCGGCUGCCCCACCACGGUGGCCAACGUGGAGACAGUGUCGGUGGCCCCCACCAUCUGCCGGCGCGGCGGCGCCUGGUUCGCCAGCUUCGGCCGGGAGCGGAACUCCGGCACCAAGCUCUUCAACAUCUCGGGGCACGUCAACACGCCCUGCACGGUGGAGGAGGAGAUGUCGGUGCCGCUCAAGGAGCUCAUCGAGAAACAUGCCGGAGGCGUCCGCGGGGGCUGGGACAACCUGCUGGCCGUCAUUCCGGGCGGCUCCUCCACGCCGCUGCUGCCCAAGUCUGUGUGUGAGACCGUGCUGAUGGACUUCGAUUCCCUGGUGCAGGCGCAGAGCGGGCUGGGCACGGCCGCUGUCAUCGUCAUGGAUAAAUCGACCGACAUCGUCAAAGCCAUCGCGCGCCUGAUCGAGUUCUACAAGCACGAGAGCUGUGGGCAGUGCACCCCGUGCCGGGAAGGCGUGGACUGGAUGAACAAGGUGAUGGCGCGGUUCGUGCGGGGUGAUGCGCAGGCUGCCGAGAUCGACGCGCUCUGGGAGAUCAGCAAGCAGAUCGAGGGACACACCAUCUGCGCCCUGGGCGACGGUGCCGCCUGGCCCGUGCAGGGCCUCAUCCGCCACUUCCGCCCCGAGCUGGAGGAGAGGAUGCGGCGCUACAACGAGGCCAAAGCCCAAGCGGCAUCGGUGUGAGGAUCCACCACCUCGCAUCCCUCGUCCUGCUUGGAACGGGUUUCUGGGGUGCUGGCAGCACUCAGAGGGUUCUCAAUAAAUGCUGCUGUGCUCCCA